AUGCUCAGCCUCCCUCCCGCACCGUGGGAGGACGGCGGCUCGGCGCCCUUCUCCCCCGCGUCGCCGCCCACGCGCUCCAUGGCGGCGCUUCUCGCGUCGCUGUCGCUGCAGCGGCGGUCGCGCGAGGUGGGGCUGCAGCUGCGCGCGGGGCUGCGCGACGUGCGCGCGGAGUUCAGCUACGUGCGCCUGCGCGGGCUGCGCAAGGUGGGGCUCGUGGUGGAGUCCGCGGCGGAGUCAGACGAGCUGGCGGACGUCUUCCGCGAGAGCCAGCUCUACAGCGAACUGCAGCUGGUGCCGGCCAUCUGUGAGCACUGCAUAGGGCCCAGCACGGCGGACGACGACGACGACGACGAGGGCGGGGGCGACGAGGGGCUAGCAGGGCGGGGGGUCCGGCCCAUGGCGCCCACGGCGGAGGAGGUGGAGGUGGCGCUGCACGUGCUGGAGGGGUGCUGCCUGCUCGACCCCGCCACCAGCCGCCAGCUCGCUGCUUCCUACGAUGUUGUUAAGGACAUUCUCAUUCACCUGUCGCCCAUGUCGUCCACGCCGCUGGGCGACCCCCCACCGUCGCUCAUGGCGUGCUGCCUCAACGCCCUGCCCGCCAUCCUGCUCGCCAGCCCGCAGGCGCUCGAGAGCAUGGACGUGCACAAGGGCGUGCUGCAUGUGGCGCCCAUUGUCAAAGACCGCCAAAUACCACUCUACCUCAGAGCCAAGGCAGUGGAGUUCCUAGCACUGUUCCUGGCACAGCUGACGGACCUGGCAGCGGGGGGCGGGGGAGGCAGCACGGUGGAGGUGGCGGGCAGGUGGCUGGGAGACGCAGUGCAUGACCUGGAGGACGUGGUGGGGGAGCGCGCUGCACAGCUCAUAGAAGGCGUGGCCACAGGGCGAGGGGCCGUGCUGUCAGAGGAGCUGGUGGAGGAGCGCGUCACCCGCAUUGCCGAGAUGCGGCGAGAGGCAGCGCGGAAAGGCGGAGAGGCGCAUAAAAGGGGAGAAACGCAGAUUCUGGCGGCGAAGGGCGCAACAGCGGAGAAGGGCGCAACAGUGGAGAAGGGCGCAACAGCGGAGAAGGGCGCAACAGCGGAGAAGGGCGCAACAGCAGAGAAGGGCGCAACAGCGGAGAAGGGCGCAACAUCAGAGAAGGGCGCAACAGCGGAGAAGGGUGCGAAGGCGGAGAACAGGGAAGGCGCGGAGGCGGGAGGUGGGGAAGCGAGAGAAGAGGGCGGAGGCGGAACGCAUGCGUGGACGCGGCAGGCGGCCGACGUGGCGAUGCGCGUGAGCGUUGUGUUGGGCGGAGGAGCGGGGGGCGGCAUGAUGGGCAGAGCAGCGGGGAGCGCGGAGGAGAUGUCUCUGGAGCAGCUGAUGGGCGUGAGCCGAUGGUGCGUCCUGCGCGCCGCGGAGGUUGGGGUGACGACUCGACUGGCUGAGAGGCUUGGGGAGAUGGAGGAGAGAAAGAAAGAGGAAGAGAGGGAGAAGGAGGAGGAGAGGGAGAGAGUGAGAGAGGUCAGGGAGGAAGAGAGUGAGAGAGGAAGAGAGGACGAGGAUGAGGGAGGAAGAGAGACAGAGUGUGAGAGCGGAAGAAAGGAAGAGGAAGCUCUAAUAAAGGCGGCGAGGCGCAAAGUGGAGUUAAAAGCAGCGUUGAAAGAGGCAGCGAGGGCGGCGGCUGAGUUGAAGGAGGGCGUUGAGGAGAAAGUGGGAAGGAUUCUGCUGCAAGCGGCGCUGCUUCGCCACUCCAUGGAGGAGGAGGCGCCGCCCUUUCAAGCUGCGGCUAGAGGCAGUGCAGGGCGCAAGCGAGCUCGCAUGGCGGAUGGCUCUGCUGCUGCACACCGCAUGAGGGAGGAGACUCCACAGGAGCGAGCACGGCGGGAGCAAGCAGAGCUGGAUGGAAAAGAGGCCGAGGUGAUAGACUUCCUGAUGAACCACAAGGGACCAGCAUGGGAUCUCACCGUCUCAAGCGACAACCCCAUUUUCAGUGACAACCCCAAUCACAGCCUCUACCUUCUCCUCUCCUCCGGCCCCUCCUAUCGGCCCCGCUUCUUCGUUCCCCUCGCCUCCGUCACCCUCCACCGUCUCGCACCCAUCCCCGCGUGCUCUCUCUCCUGCCUUUCCCAUCUUCCCUCGCUCACCUCGCUCGCCGUCCUGGAAACAUCCAUCAAAUCGGAAGAUCAGUUUCGCUUCUCAGGCUUCUCUCGCCUGCACAGGCUCAUGUUGGUCUGCCCAGACCUGCCGCAUCUGAAUCUCGGCACUCGCACUCGCUGUGCCUCGGGUGGUGCGCAGCAGCAGCCGUUGGAGAGGCUAAGGCAGCUGCACAUCAGCCGUGUGAGCAACGCCCAGCUGCAAGACGUGGGCACGUUGGAGUGUCUGGAGGCCUUCUCCUGUACGUGCAGCAAGGGAGUGACUCCCAGUGGAUGGGCACACCUGAGGAGCCUCACCCGGCUGACGAGACUGCAGGUGGCGCCAGAAAACCUGGAAGAUCAUCACCUGGACCUGCAGUUUUGCAGCUAUUCUCUGCCAAAUGUGUCCAGGGUUUGCGAGCGUCCCACUCCCAACAGCACGCGCGUUUGUGAGUGUGGCGCUGGGCUGUGUGAGUCCAAGUACCCAUGCGUGGACGGCAGUGUGUGGCAGGUGGUGGGAGCGCUGCAGGGCUUGCAGCAUCUCGGCAUGCAUGGAGUGGCACGUAGCAGCCAAGACCUGCUAGCCCUCACUGCUCUCUCACGCCUCACCUCUCUCCACAUCACUGGCACCAUCCUGAGUGACGGGGCGUACUUUGAGGGCUUUUCUCAGUUGAGGGAGCUAGGGCUGGCAGGAUGCAGCGUGGAUAUAGAUGCAGGCAUGCUCAUGUGGAGCCAAUCCAUGCCUCAGUUACAGUCCCUGGAUAUAUCAGCCACACGAGUUAGUUGUAAGGGCGUGUCUCAGCUUUAUUUGCUUAAGCGUUUGGUGCGCUUGAAGGUGCAGCAGUGCUGCAACCUGCAUGCGGCGUUCCUGCGGCACCUGAGCCGAGUGCCGCAGCUGAAGCAGCUGGACAUGGGCUUUAACAACGUGCAGCCGGGAUGGCUGAAGCCCAUACGGGAUGGGUCGCACGUGGCCCGGGUGCGUGUGCGCGGCUGCGGGUGGAGCGCUAAGCAGGUUUGUGAGGUUCGACGGUCGUGGAUUGAAGUAGAGAGGUGA